UUUAAAACAGAAGCUGAUUUCCACUCAUUAUAACAUAAACGACACUGAGGAAAACACACCGACAUCAAAAAUGACACUAUUUGUUUAUUUCAUUUUUGUCUUUCUGUGUCCAGUUGCUUACGCUGACCAACCAGAUGAUAAGUUUUCAUACGAGUCCAAACUUUUGGAGAAAGUGAUCCGUAUGGAGAUAAAGAUGUCGCAGCUGGAACAGGUGCUGGUGCAGACCGGAAACAAGUUCGAGAACCUCUUGAUGAACGUCACGGUGACCUUGGAGAACAAAACGGCCGAACUGGACGUCUUGAAAGAUCAUAUAGACCUGCCCCUCGUAGCGUUCCAUGCCUACUACCCAGUGGAUUCAAGCCUGGACACAAACCAAAUCCUCAUACUAAGCAAUGUCACAAUGAACGAAGGGGAUGGAUACGAUAACGUCAUCGGCACGUUCAGGGCACCUGUCGCGGGACUCUACUACUUCGCUGCGCACGUUUGCAACUACGCAACGCGUGGGUUCUACUAUGAAAUCGUGAAGGAUCACGCAAUGAUUGCCAAGAGUGUGAAAUAUAACAACGCGGCUAACGAUUGUGGCUCUGUCAAUGUCAUCACCAAAAUGGAAAAGGACGAACGAGUAUGGAUCAGGUGUACUAGUGGCAACACCUCCCCACAAUUGUAUUCCAGUACCAGUUUCAGUGCCAGUUAUGGCAAAACGUCGUUCCUGGGCAUUCUGAUGCACAAAUAACCAUUGCAAUGCUGUCACCAGUGCACCAGACAAUUGUAACCACGCCCCCAGGUCCAGGAUAUAGCGGGGACUUCUUUGACUGUCGGUCCAGCCAAGCCCAUGGGCGAACUGCUGGUAAAAUCCCCGCCAAAUGCCCCUCACCCCAGGGACCCUAGUUAAGGCCCAUUUUCCACUAUUUUUGGCGCGAAGAAAAAUCCACCGCAUUCAUGCGGCACUGCGGGGCCACCUGGAAAGUAGAAACACGGCCCCCCCCCGCCUAUACCCGGUAUACCUUCGGACCUGGGGGGUCGUGGUUACAAUUGACUGGUGCAUAAUGGUUGAUUUUUACACAUGUUAUGUACGUGAUUGCAUGUUGUUAUUUGUAGGUAGCGUUUAAUAUUUAAACUGCACUGAAUACUCCAAUCGGACCACCUCGGCCAUUAUCCAGCAUACUCUCGAAGCUUGCCGAAGAUGGCCGAGUUGUCACGAUUGUGUAUACACAUUUCCAGUAAAAUGUAGUUGAGUAUUUUCCACAUUUUUAGGGAGAGUCCCGUUGAGGGCGGUUUGACAACCUUUUAGACAUUACUUAUUGCCAUGCAAGACUUAUAGCAUUAUGGAUUCCAUGUACACUGGAUGAAUGUGAUGCAAGUCCAUGUCUCCCAUAUUGUUAUAUCCAGUCUUAUGAGCGAUGCUCUUUGCUUCUAAUUGAAUGCAUACAUUUUAUGAAUUUUGUGCAAUUAUUUUAAGUUUUUUUUUAACAUAUUUGUGCAGUUGUAUUUAAAUUCAAAUCAUAUGUAAUCUCUUUAUUCUGAAUAAAACUAAGUUGUAAUGCUUGUUUUAAUGAAGCUAUCACACAGAGCUUUCUUUUACGAUUGAAUAUUUCGUUACCGAUUUAAAGAUACCCGCCUAUGAUUUGUAAAAAUGCACUUUUUGUAUGACGAAAUAAAGUGUGGCAAAAUCAUAAGGAGUAUAGAAGUUGGAAGGCUUCUGGAAAUGUUGCUUUUUGCUCAAAUAGUGUCAUAGAAGUUUGGCGUUAACAACGAAAUUAGUCUCCUAGUUACGGCUUCAUUGUUAUGUGAAUGGUUGAUUGACAUUAUCACGUGAUGUUAAUGAUGUAUUGGUGAGAGGUCAAAAUAUCCACAACUUUGUUAAAGUGCUGGUGACCUUGUGGUCUAAGCGUCUGUUACCUAUUUUUUCAUUACUUUACCGGAGUGGAUUCACACCCCACUUAAAUCUAAAUACUGUUUAUACUUAUUGUGAUUUUUUGUCUGCAAUGUCGAUACCA